AUGUAUACAAAUUGUUGCGUCCCUAAAUGCACUAAAAAAGGUUCCAGAGAUGAGAACGGGUCAAAAAUAUCUUAUUAUAAAUUCCCUGAUAACUCGACGAUCAUGAAGCGAAAGUGGAUUCAUGAUCAUGCAAUUAGACGUGACGAAGGAAAAUAUUUCACAAUAACAAAGUGGACUAAAGUCUGCUCAAGACAUUUUAGAGAUUACGACUUUCAGAAAACACUGAAUGGCAGGAGAAAAUUGCGCCCGAACGCUAUUCCUUCGCAAUUUGAAUGGACUAGAAUGUCACCAAGAAAGCGCAAUGCACCUACUGUACGCGUGCCUAUAAUUGAUACUUCUAAUCCCAAUGAUAAUUUCUCGAGAGAUUUGAACUUAGAAACUUCAACUUCUGAUGGGCAAAAUAACGAAAUUACUAGUGAUUGCCCCUUAAGUAAUGUAGAUCGAAACACAAACGGUGUCAAAUCAAAUCAGAUCAGUUGA